AUGGGUACCCGCAGGGACUCGCGUGUGUCUGUCGGGGCACGCCAGAACGAUGCCUUGGUUGAAUUCGAAUCGUUCAAGAAAAAGUUCCUACUCGCCAACAAGCACAUCACGAAGCUCAACUCAACGCUCAGUGUCCGGAUUGAAGAACUUAAUGCCCAAAUAUCCACCCUCUACGUUGAGAACCUCCGAUUACGGGCAUCGGAGAUUGCUCUUGCGGCCCAACUUAAGCGGGAGAAGGAGAAAUCGACAAAGGUCAUGGCAGAUGCUGAGGCUGCUACCCAGAAUCUCGCGAAACACUUAAGCUACCUUCGCCAAACACUCAACAUUCACGCUAUACACCUACCCGCGCCGAAGGAGGUUUCACCACCGCACUCGCCACCUCGACGCCCUGUCAAUGCGGAACCAAGAGAUGAAGCUCUACGUGUUGCCCGUUUACCCAAUGUGCCCGGGAUUGACGAGGAAGACGAGCCACCGACAGAUGACCACGAACAUGCUCCAGUGGAGCUACCACGAAUACGAACGAGUGGCAAAGUGCGAUCGUCUACCGCUCAGAUCCCCCUUCCCUCAAUCACGCCAGGUCUGCCUCGCAAGAAGCCUAGUUCAAGUAUGAAAAGGAGAGAAAGCGGGUUGCUGAUGGAAAUGGGUGGUAGGCCCGGGAGUCCGACUGUCGGUUCGCCCGUGCCGAAGAACGUGGAAUUAGAGGAAGAGGCGGAGGAGGUGAGAGAUGAUCUACUUGGUAUCGAAGAGCCCAAACCUCUGCGGGGCGUCACCCGACGAAAGCAGAAGUCGGAAGAAGCGCGUGCUGACGAGGACGAGGACUUCCGACCUUCAAGGCGGAAACCAAAAGAUGACAGGGAUCUCAAUGACCGGAAAGAACGCAAGCGGAAACCACGGGAACCAGAAGUGGAUGUGGUUGAAGAGCUGCUGAUCGAUGAAGACGCAGUCGUGCAAGGAGAAAAGGAGAAGAAAGUCAAGAGUAAGAGUAAAGCCAGGCUUAUGGACGUCACGAACUCACCUCGUGGUUCUGUGGGGCUUUCUCUUAAUUGCGAAGAUAUGAUUACUUCAACAGCCGAUUCAGCCAAACAUCGUACAUUUCUUGCUCCUCGACCAGCAUCAGCUUCUUCAUCUUCUUCACAAGCGUCACACACUACUUCAUCCAGUAAACCCACUAAUCUCCCUCCGAUAGAGCCUCCAGAAGACGCACAUCAGUUCUAUCUACCAACACCAAGAGCCUCGUCUGAUGCCCCACCUGAAGAAAUCGAUGAUGCUGACUUACCUGACGAAGCCCUCAGGGCGAACCCCGAGGAAGCAGAAGGUGCUGCAGGAGGCCGAGAAAGGCGGACUCGGAAGAGUGUAAAUUACGCCGAACCCAAACUGAACACCAAAAUGCGUAAACCGGACCCGCCGCCUGGCACAGCCCCUGCUAAACCCGCCAAGAAGCGAACGUCAACGCCAGCCGUGAAUCCAGAAGAGGGGCAGGAGAGUGGCGGUAGCUCCGGCAAGCGUAAACGGCUUGGGGACGAGGAUACGACGCCAUGGGUGCAAGCAACGAUCGUCGUAAGCACGCGAAAAUUUGGCGAGGAUGACAAUGAAGACGAUGAUGACGACGACGAUUUCAAAGUGGGGAGCGGCGGGGAGGAAGCGGAUGGGGAGUUUGCCGUGCGCAGACCACAUCGGGGGAGGAAUAGUGCGAGCGCUACGAUCACCGAUGGCUGGGGGAAUGUAGAUCAAAGUCGAAGAAGAAGCCAUUCCAGUAGUAAAGGGAGCUUGGUCAAGUCGAAACGAAAUCCGAACGAGGGGGGGUUCCUCACCGAUUGGGAGGAGAGGAGACAUAGCAUGGCCAUGUAG